UUUCAAUCAAACUUGGCUUUUGGAUGUUCGCUGCUCAUGAUGCAUGCAUUCGGGUGGAUCAACCGGAACGUUGAGUAGCCAGUUGCGGCAUUUUCAGCCCCAUGUAUAGCGGCGAUAUCGGUAUUCCUUGUCUCCAUCUUGACAGAAACUUGGUCACCAUGCCUUUCAAACCAAGAUGGGCCUGGAAACUGUUUGUUUGAUAGUAGCAUCGUUGUUCCGUACACAAAAUGGUUAAUUUUUUCAACCGGAGAGAGUGGAUAACCUCUCUGUACUCAAUAAAGACCAGUUAUGUUUGUAUGUCAGUAUCGAUCCACGAGAUGCGGAAACUAUAAUCUGAUGUCGAGCUCGGCGCCCAGCGUCCAGAACGAAUCCUUGCCUCCUUUCUCUGCCGCGUUGAUCGUAGGCCGACUGCUCGGAGUUAUUUGUUGCAAGACAGAGAGGAAACGCCGAUACAGAGUGCAAGUGAUUCACGAUAGUCCUUGACUUUCUCAGGCUCGGCCAUCUUCAUUCCCCUUGGUUCAGAAAUAAGCCACAGGGGUAUUAUUAGCAGGGUCUGAUAUUCCCCAGACUGUAUUCUGGCAUUAUUGUUAGCCAUUGGAUCAGUGGGCCGGGCAGAGCUCGGGUGCACCCGCAGGGGAUCUUUGGGUCCAUGCUAUGGUGAGCUAACUAACUAUCUUUACCCACUUCUGGUGACUUCAACAUGGCAUGUUACUUUUGAAAUCAAGAGAGGCCAAGUUUGACGUUUGUCCUGCUGUGUGGAGGCCAGAGUGGAUGAGGUCAGGAUAUCAUCACGUGAGUGGAAUUUUCUCUAACUAAGUUGACUAACUUAACAAGAAGGCUUCAUCAACGUCGAACACACCGCAGCUAACUAACAAUUUUACCAACUCUACGUUCUGGAUACCAUAUACCAUUUAAGAUCUAUGAGUGACAAGAAUAUUUAAAAAUCUAUUCCAUCUAUUACAUUCUCUUUUCCAUGAUUCGCUGGAUAAUGUCAUAAUUUAUAUAUUCAACCGGCUUCGAAUUUCGAGCGUCGGUUGGCCCUGCCGUUAAAUACAAAUAUCCAGGAUAAUCAUACCCUUUGUACCCUUAAUACAGAUUUUAAAUAUCCAGAACAAAGAGUGGCACAGGUCUUAACUUGUCUACGCUGUUCAAUACCACUACGAAGUAGCACCAACCCAGGAAUCUCCGAUUACCUUUAUUUAUCACAUUAGCUCCAUCAGUUAAUCCUACUUCAAAUCCCAGGAGGGACAUUCUACUCCAGAUACAGUGUGGGUGUGGGGGGCCGAGUCUCCCGGGCCUGUGAAUCUGGGCUUAGGGGUUUUUAUAUUAUAAGUCGUUACAAGAGGGAGCUGGGUUUUGUCCAGAAAACAAUGUCGGUAACUGGAGUGUACUAUAUUCCAAGCAAUCCUGAGUUGCCAACGACAGCAACAAGAACCGUGAUUGAUCAGUUCAAAGCAAUCCAUCAGCCGGCCAGGCUUGGACGUUGGGCUCUAGAAUUCAAACUCGUGAGAGACACUGCAUCGUGCCUGCCAGCAGCAAACUUCCCCCAUAAUAAAGUGCCAACUCCGCGAUAUAUGCAUUUUCUAUCACUUAGCCAUUACCAAAAUCAUGGCUUCGUCCGAAUCUCACCACGACCUGAGGUUGAUCCGCUGGAUCCAGCCGAGAUGGAGAAACAGAUGAACUCACCGCCAUCUGUUCCAAUACCAGCAACUGGGGUUUCUUCUCAUUCGAAACCUUCAGCUGAUAGUAAAGACUCUGAUUUAUCCUCUCAAAACGAAGCUUAUACGACGACGAUAAAGACAUUCGACCCGCAGUCCUACCUAUCCUUUUUCUCCAUGACAACAAAAUUCUUCCAGCCGCUCUGGAACCACCGCUAUACCGUGGUUGUCACCUCUGGAGAAGCAUAUGAAGUAGGCGACUUUCGGGUCCGGAUAGGCGAAGUUCGUCAGACAAUGCCCAGGCCCCGUCUUCGUGGAGCAAUCGUGGAAAUUGAGUACCGUGGCCCAGGCCAGAGACAGUCGGAGCCAAAUCUCACUCGAGAACCUGAAGAGGAUUGGGAUUUUGCUCCUCCUCUCCCACACUACCCACCCCGCGAGGUUAUUAUACCUACGGAGGAAGACUGGGAGCUGGGAGUGAUGCUAAUACGUGAGCUGUGGGAUAAUUUUUCAAUACCAGGGGCUUCAGAAUCAAUCCAAGUCCCUGGAUUAGGCCUCGAGAGGCGGGAAUACUUUGACAAGGGGGGCGCAUCAGCUCAUACUGCACGCAAAAAGGCUAGCCUCGUUGGAGUUGACCUUGCGAGGCAGUACAUGGAUGUUUUCAAGUUUUACCGGUAGUCCAUUCACUUUCAAACUAGGCAUAGCUGUUGCUUAAUCCACAUGGAUUGACGGU